UGCCACACACAAAGAGUUUGGAGUAUCGCACCCAAGACCUCAACUCCAAAUGGAAAAAAAAGUCCUGCAACCACCACAAUCUGAAAUGAAAGUCAACAUAUGGGAAAUAAAGCCUCCUGAUUUCAGUUACAAACUGUAUACAUCUUUGAGAUUUCCAGAAAAACCAUCAAGGAUUAUUAAGGAAAAACAAGGGAAGGAAAAAAAAGUUAAUUUCCCAGAAACAAUGCUUCACCUGCCCAGCAUAAGGAAUCAUCCCAAGAAGCCCAUAUCUCCAGAGUUUAUAACUACAUUCCCACAUAUGGAUUCAAAUGAAGUGAAGUUAAUGUUUGUGAAGAGUGGAAAGUAUCCAAUUGGUGUAUACUUCAAUCCAAAACCACACGACUUUCGACAGUAUCAACAUAAUUUACCAAACUUUGUGACAACUUUUGAAAGGGACCCUUUUGGAUUAAAAUUUAAGUCCAGACACUUAAGUACAGUACAUGGGUGUCAGUCGCUGAAAGAUGAUAAACAGAAGAACAAUAUAGAAAGAUUUAUCACUUACAAGCCUCAUGAAUGCACCUGGGACCCACAGCUGAUUUUACCAAAAGCCCCAUGGCCCAUUCAAUCAGCUUCAUACACGAGACAUAGAAGGCAACGAGAUGUGUACAGUGCAUUUAUGGAUCGUGUGGAAGAGAAGUUUACCCAAACAUGCAAGAACAGGUGGGCAAACACUUCAAGCUUUGUUGUUGAACACUUACAUUAACUUGUUAGAGUUGCUGCUCAAAUGAUCCUUUCAAUAAUACGUUCUUUAUCCCAUAGAAGCUCUAUCACAAGAACUAUAAAUGAAAUAUUUGCAUGAUGUUUAAACCAUUUUAAGUGGAGUCUGAAAGAAUCCAAUUCCUUGAUCCAAGAUGAAUUAUUAUUUUCCUAGGUUCAGUGAAAUCCUGGAAAACUGUCAGUGACUGUGUCUGUCCAUAUCCCUUCAGGCUUUCUUAUUCUAGAUCAUUUCUGCCAACAUGCCAAUAGUUAGUAUCUGCACCUCCUUGCCCAAGGCUCUCCCUGGCUGCCGUCAGAAGUGCUGGGGGUUAAUAUCUCCCAGCUGCAGCCCUCAGGUAAUAAUGGAGGCGAUUGUUUUAUGCUGCUCCCCAGCGUCCUCCAGGGGGCUAACCUCCAGUUGUUCCGUAGCUACUUCACUCUGUUGGCUUCCUUCCUAUCUCACUGACCCACGUGCUUACCUUGCCACCAUUUUACCUUCAUCUGGAGACCACCUCUGGUAGGACCAGAGUUUUGGCUAAGCGUCUGCUUCUGGGGGCACCUAAAUCAUGACACCCUAAGGCAGUAGUGUAAUGAUCUUAGAAGGCAGAAAGCCUGGCUUUGAAUCCCAGCCUGGCUACAUGAUCUUGGACCGAUUAUGCAACCACACUCAACCUCAGUUCUUCACCUGUAAAAUUUGAAUAAUAUAUGCUGUCCCAGAUGCAGACAAGGGGGUGGUCACCUUAUAGCUGACUCAUUAUAGCUUCCCUUACCUCUCUUUAUUAGCUUGUAAAUAUCAUCUAUGGGAAAGAGGUGGGAGGGCAGAUUAAUAGACUGAAUAGAGUUUGGGUUUGAGAUUUAGUAAAAAAUGGACUCAAAUUCUAACCAAAUCACCUAUAAAUAUAAUCUUGGAUGAUUUGCUUAAGUUUUCUGAAUCAAUCUUUCUUAGGUUUUAGGAGAAUUAAGUGAAAUAGUAUAUAUAAACUACUGGUAAAGACCCUCAUAUCUUUUGGAUUCACUUAUUAUUGAUUAUUAUUGUUAAUGAUAAUAUAGAGAUAGGGCUUUGCACAACCAUAGAAAAAUUACUUAAUUGUCUAUGUCUCAGUUUUCUCAUCUGUAAAAUGAAAAUACUAAAAGCACAAAUUUCAUAAAGUUGUUGAAAAGUCAAAACUUUGUAAAACACAUGGAACAUGGCAAUGACACUGAGUGAUUACUAUGUUAAGCA